GGCGGGCCAGAGGCGGGAAGUGGGCGAGGUCUCCCGAGCUGGGCAGGAAGUUGGGGGCUCCCGGCGCUCAGACCUCUCGGUUUCAGCGUUCUUGCCGUCCGCAGCACCCUCUGCUUCUUUCCUGUACGGCAAGACCGGGCGGCCAGAUUCAUCAUGUCUAUUCUCAAGAUCCAUGCCAGAGAGAUCUUCGACUCUCGUGGGAACCCCACUGUUGAGGUUGAUCUGUAUACCUCAAAAGGUCUCUUCAGAGCUGCUGUGCCCAGUGGUGCCUCAACUGGGAUCUAUGAGGCCCUGGAACUGCGGGACAAUGAUAAGACUCGCUACAUGGGAAAGGGUGUCUCAAAGGCUGUUGAGCACAUCAAUAAAACUAUUGCGCCUGCCCUGGUUAGCAAGAAACUCAACGUCGUGGAACAGGAGAAGAUUGACAAACUGAUGAUCGAGAUGGACGGAACGGAAAACAAAUCUAAGUUUGGUGCGAACGCCAUCCUGGGUGUGUCCCUUGCUGUCUGCAAAGCUGGAGCCGUUGAGAAGGGGGUGCCCCUAUACCGGCAUAUUGCCGACUUGGCUGGCAACUCUGAAGUCAUCCUGCCAGUUCCGGCCUUCAAUGUGAUCAAUGGCGGCUCUCAUGCUGGCAACAAGCUGGCCAUGCAGGAGUUCAUGAUCCUCCCCGUGGGUGCAGCCAACUUCAGGGAGGCCAUGCGCAUUGGAGCGGAAGUUUACCACAACCUGAAGAACGUCAUCAAGGAGAAAUACGGGAAAGAUGCCACCAACGUAGGUGACGAAGGCGGGUUUGCUCCUAACAUCCUGGAGAACAAAGAAGCCCUGGAGCUGCUGAAGAAUGCGAUCGGGAAGGCUGGCUAUUCUGACAAGGUUGUCAUUGGCAUGGACGUGGCUGCCUCUGAGUUCUUCAGGUCUGGGAAGUACGAUCUGGACUUUAAGUCUCCUGAUGAUGCCAGCAGGUACAUCACACCCGACCAGCUGGCUGACCUGUACAAAUCCUUCAUCAAGGACUACCCAGUGGUGUCUAUCGAAGACCCCUUUGAUCAGGAUGACUGGAAUGCAUGGCAGAAGUUCACAGCCACUGCGGGAAUCCAGGUGGUGGGGGAUGAUCUCACUGUGACCAACCCAAAGCGCAUUGCCAAGGCCGUGGGUGAGAAGUCGUGCAACUGCCUCCUACUCAAAGUGAACCAGAUUGGCUCCGUAACCGAGUCUCUUCAGGCGUGCAAGCUGGCCCAGUCCAAUGGCUGGGGCGUGAUGGUGUCUCAUCGUUCUGGAGAGACUGAAGAUACCUUCAUUGCUGACCUGGUGGUGGGACUCUGCACUGGGCAGAUCAAGACUGGUGCACCUUGUCGGUCUGAGCGCUUGGCCAAGUACAACCAGCUCCUCAGAAUUGAAGAGGAACUGGGCAGCAAGGCCAAGUUUGCCGGCAGGAACUUCAGAAACCCCCUGGCCAAGUAGGCUGAGGGCAAGUGACCCGGAGGCCUCAGUGACUAGGCGGCUAAGUAGACUGACUUCAGGCCGAGUGUGCUCAACCAGCACUUACAGGGCCUCUGGUAGUUAGUGCCCCUCUCCUAGCUCUGUGGUGCUCAUGCUGCUUCCUUAGAACUCUGACCACCUGGAACCCUGCCGGAAACCCUAGCUCUGUAAUCAUGUGAUUGGCCCAAAUCAUUGUUUUUCUCCCCUCGCUUCACACCAAGUGUCUAGAGCCACGUGCACCUCCAGUGUAAUCUCCGAGGGGGCCACAAGCAAGAUCCCCAGUGGUUUUGUGUGCAAAAAUAAAAAGCCUCAGUGACCCAUUAGAA